AUGUCUCACCAAGCUCUUCUAAAAACAACGUUUGGAAUCGUAAACGAUGAAUGGUUGGGAAUCAGCUUUGCUGUUAGCUUCACUAUUUUAAUUGCGCAAGGACUCUCGUUGUUAAUCGAGUUUAUUUUGCUGAUCUUUAAAUUAAUACCGUCUUCCACUUCCACAAAAACCGACGUUUUUUUAACUUGUAUCACUACCUUCCAUUUCGCGGGAUUCUUGGUGACGCUGAUCAUCGCCAUCCUCUCUUUCCACGCAAAUGGGAUGGAAUGGAAAUCUCACAAAUCGGCAUUCAGAAAUAUGGCGUCAUUCACUGCUUUCACAGUCAUAUAUUUGUACAAUCCAUGGAUUGUUCAAUACCAAGUUGAAGCUGUUGGAUUGUAUGACGUUUACAAAUAUACUACCUUCGUCUACACUUGCUCUGCACUAAUAUUCUCGGUUACAUGCUUAUUUUCUACAUUCAUUCUCUGGAAAAUGAGCAAAAUUGAGGCGGACUACGAGCCAUGUGAAGUGAUUUAUGGAGCAGAAGAUAGUGAAACGAAAAAAUUGAUGGGACACUACGAAUAA